CUUUAAGUUUAAAUAGCCAGAAUUACCGCCAACGGCUAGAAAUUUGCAGACUGGCAACCCUGACCAUGCGCAAUAAUUGAUUGCAAUAGCAAUAUCAAAAUGGCCAAUAAAUGCCAAUAUGGUCCGCCAGUCACGGAUGAUUCGGAUGAUUCAGAGAAUAGCUAUGAUGGCUUUUACUUUUCUGACAAGAUGAAACGCAUAAGGAAUGUGCGUACUGUGAAAAGACCAGCUGUGCAUAGGGAGCAGAAGCUGUAUGAUGCGCUGCUAGAAGGAAAUCUCAGUCAAGUGUGUGAUGAGAUUAAGUCACUUAAGUUUCAUGUGGAUCAGCCGGUGCUCGACGGCUAUACCAUGCUAAUGCAUGCAUGUAACCUUGGCCACUAUGAUUUGGCUGAAUAUCUUGUCGUAAAGCUACAGGCGCGUGUCAACAAGCAAUGUCAGCUCGUAAUGCCACUUAUGCUAGCCUGUGACUGCCAAUCGAAAGAUCCUUACACUGCUGAGAAGCUGGUGCGUCUGCUGUUGAGUAAGGGAGCGGUCAUUAAUGUCUCUGAUAAGUAUGGCAUGACUCCAUUCAUGUUCGCAUGCCGCAAGGGCUACACCAACGUAGUGCGUCUUAUGAUCGACGACGUGAGCUUUGAUGCAGUUGACAAUCAGGGCUGCACGCCAAUUUUCCAUGCCAUUGAGAAUAAUCAUGCUGAAAUCGUUAAGCUUCUGGUGGAUACAGGUGUAAACGCUAACUUGCCAAAUAAUAAGGGAUAUACCCCAAAGCAAGUUGCCGAGUUUCAUGGCUUUUAUGAUUUGCUGCCACUGUUGCCUCGCGAAAAGGUCACCUACAUGGUGCCCUCAGAGUUUCUUACGUACAAUACGUUGCGCGAUCACAUUCCACGAAUUUUUCUAAAGACAGACUGCCCUGAGUACUUCCAGGAGCUUUACAGUAUACUGCAAUCUAUCAAUAUGGAACAAAUGCUGGAACAUUUUGCAAAAUCUCGCGUCUCGCUGGCCGCAUUUCUCAACAUGAGCGAUGAGAAACUGCGCCAAGUAGGUAUAAAGUUUCCUAUAUAUCGCAACAAGAUUUUGAAGGGUAUACUAGACUUUCAUUUGCAUCAUUGGUCUAAGAAGUCUAUAGCGCGUGUCAGAAAGGAUGGCAUGGAUAAUUUCUAUGAAAUUCUUUUGCUCACGGCAAACCAUCUGCAGCAUUUAAUUUUAAUUCAAGCAUCGCUGCGUUUUGUCAUAGAGCAUCAAAUGUCAGGCAAACUUGGCAGAGCUUCGGAGAAUCAGCUGUGUAGCUUGCAGAGGAAUUUGAGCGCAUAUCGUUGCGUUAUAAAGGAUCUCACCAAGACAGUUAAAUACUUGGGCUCGUUCAGUCCACCAAAGAAUCCAUUACAUAUUGAUUAUAAUGAGAUAGUCGCCGAGCGUAAGCGACGUAAAGUGCGUAAUUACUUCAAGUACACGACAAUAAUUUUGGGUAUUUCAGUUUUCAUUUGCUUGAAGUGCAAAUGGUUUUUCUAAUUACUAAUCACAAACUAUGGAUAUCAGUGCCUAAUGAAUCUCGUAUUACCUGAAUGGCAUAUCUUUUGAACGUUCUACACAACUCCAGUACAAAUUUAUUAAAGUAUGUAAGAUUGUUGUGGUCCUUAUGGGCAUUGUAAGCAAUUUAAAAUAAUGUUAUAUGAAGUAAACUUUUGAUUUAAUA